GAAGCUUACAAGUAAGAAAGAACGAUCCAGCUCCAUUCUUCAAAUCUCUCUCUCUAGACUGAUGGUUCCUUCUGAGUGUAGAGAGGGAAAUUAGGUUUUUGAUUUUGAGAAGCAAUUUUCUGGGUUUUGACCUUUAAGGCAGAAACUACUCAUCGAAACGCCUUUGCUUCCGAUUAUCCGGUCUUAGUCACAUCUUAAUUAUUCGCAAAUUUCUGGCCACAAAAUUCAUUCUGUUCUUAUUCAAAUCGAUAUCUGAGUAAGAGUAUGUCCGUGUCAUUAACCCAUCUUUCUUGGUGGUUGUGGAGUGGAAAACACCAAGAGCCCAAAAGACUCUCCAAUGGAUCUUCUUUAAAUUCUUCUCAAGAUUCAGGUUUGUGGGAGCCGGAUGCUUUGAAAUUCCCUUUAGUUAAAGGGGCUAAUAUGACCUCCGCAUCUAGAAGGACCAAGCGCAAAUGGCAAAGUCGGGAGGAGCGGAAAAUUGAUCGGGAAUAUGAUGUUGUUCUUGUGCCAUCUGAUGCUGGAUGUGUUUCUGGUUCAGAAUCGGAUGACUCGGAUUGGUCCAUUGGAUGGUUGGAGCCUCAUGGGCCUGAGUUCCAGUCUGAUGAUGAAUUAGACAGCAGUUUUGCUGUGCUGGUUCCUUGCUAUGGUCGUGGUCGCAAUGAUGUGGUGGAGGAUGCAAACAAGAAGAUUUUCAGCACCAUUGGGAAUAUCCCAGAUGGUUACUCUGCUGAGAAUGGGAAGUACAUGGAACAGUGGAUCUCUUCUCUCCAGAGAAGUUGAUACAAUCCAGGAGUGUUGAUGGUUUGCCAUGGCUGUGGCACUGCUGACUUCUGGUAUUCUGCCAUGUUUAAAAUAUCCCCUCAUCUAAGGGAGGGAAAAAAAAAGGAAGAUAGAAUUGGAAAGAAACAACUAAAAAAAGAGGGGAAAGAAAACGGAGGACAAUCUUCUUUGAGUGCUGCUAGUAAUCACGCAUGGGGGUCAGAGGAGCAGACCAUCGAUCUAGAGUGGUCUGGCAUGGAUAUGAGGCCUCCUUGUUUUCCCAUUUUGCCAUCCAGGACUAAGAAGAGAUUAUUGUGUAGUUGUCUUUUAUUUUAUUUUUUUGUUUUUUUAAAUUCACAUGGCGGUUGGAUAGUAAGAAAAAAAAACAAAGGAGGUGUGCGUGUGUGCAUGCAAAUUCUUUGAUGUAAAUAUGGAUGUACAUAUGAAGUGGUACUUGUAAAUAGUAUCUAUAUUUGUGAAUAAAAUAAAAACUAUCUUUCCUGCAUGUACGGACGUAAAGCAGGGUAUCGUGGGAAUGAGCUGGAAGAAUGAAAUAUGUGAACAGAAAUACUAUAGAGGCUUUGUUUCUGUA